AUGGCUCCCAACUUCGGCCGUUCCAUCUCCUUCCCUCUGACCCCGGCGAGGUCAUUCUCAAAGUCAUCCCGCCACCUCCGCUCCAUCAGCCUCCCGGGCACCACCUCCUCACACCCACUCCUCGCCAGCCUCAACGCCCACAUCGUCACCAUCCGCGCCUGGAUCCAGGACACCGCCGCAGCAGGCUCAUCCCUCCCAGCCGGCCUCGCCAACAUCCACGCGCUCCACGCCGCGCUCGCCGACCUCCUCCUCCUCCCAGAGUCCAGGGCCGCGCUUCAGUGCACCACCAGCAAGGCCGCCGACAGCCUCCUAGACGCUUUCCUCCUCCUCGCCGACGCGCACCAGGGCUUCCAGGAGUGCCUCAUUUCGCUCAGUCAUGCGGCGGCCGAGUCCCGUGCUGCGCUCCGCAGGGGCGAAGCCACAAGGCUCGCGUCUGCCGCCAGGUCCCAGCGUCGGGCCGAGAAGGUCCUCGCUCGGCUCGCUGCGUCCAUCUCCGCCGUCUCCUCCAAGUGCGCCCGCCUGAACCUCGUCGGCGAGGAUGCAGAGAUGGCCGGUGCGAUCAUGCAGGCAGCCGCUGCGAGCGCCGCGGCCUCCGCGGCCGUGUUCUCAGCUGCCGCAUCAAUGUCGUACUCGGCAUCCUGUUGCAAGAAGAUGGCCAUAUUUGUUCCCGUGUUCGCCACCAGGAAGGCCGCCGCGCCGGAGACGGCAGAGGCGGCCAUGGAGAGACUGCAUGUGCUAGAGCGGUGCUUCGAUGAGUGCGAUGGCGCCUGCAAUAGGGUGUUCAGGAGCGUCGUGCAGACCAGGGUUUCACUUCUCAACGUCAUGACGCCCACGAUCUAG